GCCCAGUUAUCAAUUUAGUACAGUGCGGCGAUUGAGCUCCCGCUUUUUGUUUCUUGUCUUCUAACUAACCUGCCCGGAGAGCGGGAGAGCGGUACUUGACAGAAGUGCAGGCGGGAACGUGGGCCGCAAAAUAUCCGCACGCGCUGCCACCCCAGUAGCCCACCCCGUCCUCCUCCCGCCGCUAUAUAUUCACGGCCACCAAGUCCUCUUCCCUUCUAUCUCUAGACCCGUCUCCGCGUUAGCCACCUCUCGCUCGUCUCCGUUUGGCCGCCCCCAUCCUCCUCCCGUCCUCCGUAAUGAUGUUUAGGAGCAACAACCUCGCCGCGAGAGUCUUCGAGCGCCAGAUCCUCACCCCCCGCCCCGGGACCAGCGUUAAUCUUGUUAGACUUUUUUAUGAAAAUUUGGUUCCAAGUUGUACCAUAUAUGACGUUGAUUGCCCAGACCAUGGGUUUCACAAGUUUACAGAUGACGGCCAAUACCUUGUGAGUUUUAGCAGGAAUUGCCAGGAUCUGAUCGUUUACAGACCCACUUGGUUUUCAUUUUCGUGCAAAGAAGAAGAUUGUGAUUCACACAGUCUGCCCGAGAAAGCAAAGAGAUUUGACAGCUUUUUCACCCAGCUCUACUGUGUGUCUCUUGCAUCCAGCACUGAGUACAUUUGCAGACAGUUCUUUCUAUAUGUGCAGAGUCACCAGUUUGGCUUGUUUGCAACCUGUACUGCACGAUGCAUUGAUGCACCUACUACUGAGGGUGCAAUAGAUGAAAUCCCUUCAAUAGAAAAGAUAACAUUUUACCUUGUGAGAUUGGAAGAUGGAGUCAUAUUAGAUGAGAAAGCCUUUUGCAAUGAUUUUGUUAGCUUGGCCGAGAUCAUGGGUGUCUCCUUCUAUGAGGAUCUGCUGUGUAUCUUGUCCCUUCGAUAUCAAACAUUACAUGUACUACAAAUUCUGAAUUCUGGAGGCCUUGUUGAUGUACGAAAUAUUGGCAUAUUCUGCCGAGAAGAUGAUGAGUUAUUUCUUAACACCCAUGCUCAGAUUACACAGGGGGGUUAUUUUCUUAGUGGUAUCAAGCAGCGUUUGCUUUCAUUUGUUUUUCGCAGAAUAUGGAAUGAAGAAGCAGAUCCGACUUUGAGGGUUCAACAUCUAAAGGAGUUCUAUUUUCGCUUUCAAGAUUUUGUUGAUUUCAUCAUGUGGAAGAUGCAGUUUUUGGAUCGUCAUCAUCUUUUAAUUAGAUUUGGCCACAUGGAUAAAGGGGUUGACCGAAUCACUAUUCAACAUCCAACAUUCUUUGCUGUGUAUAACAUGGAGACAACAGAAAUUGUUGCAUUUUAUGAGGAUUCUUCAGAGGAACUUUAUUCAUUAUUCGAGCAAUUUUGGGGAGAUUUUCAUUGUUCAAGAAAUUCUUUGCAUGCGAAUUUUAUUUCUUCUCACUGCAAUAACAUCUAUGCUCUUGAUGAGUAUCGGUGCAUGAAAAAUAGUGCCAACAGCACCUCACAGUUCAUGAAGAUGAUGAUAAGUUCAUUACCAGUCAAUUGCCAGACCCCUUGCCCUUCACCAUAUUUGGAUCUUUCGCUUUUUCAGUAUAAUCAUAAGCUGUUUCCAAUAUUUCACCAUGUACACUCCGCUGAACGUCCUGUAGAGUUCACCUCAAGGAGGCAACCGAAUGUCCUCAAUUUCAAGAUAAAAUCAGGACCUGAGGCUGGUGUUCCUGAUGGCAGGCCAGAGAGAUCUUCGUUGUUCCGGUUCCAUCCUUACUUACCAUUGGCUCUUUCCAUCCAGCGGACAAACAUGCAACCAACUGUUGUGAAUAUACAUUUCCGGAGAUGAAGCUACCUUUGUCUUGCAUUAGUUUUUGCAAGAGAAGUACUAGGCAGCACUGCUUAUUUGAAGUGCCAAAAAGAGUACAAAAGCAAAUGUUAAUUGAGUGUUCAACAAAUUGAGUGUACAAAAGCAAAUUCUUCUUUGGGGGAAUUUUCGGCUAGGGCAAGAUUUUGAGAAUUUUGGCAUCAUGUAAACCGAAUCAUUUCUGUAUAGACUUCCUGAAUACCUUCCCUGAUGAUAUAUAAAGAUCACCGAUGGAGCCCUUUUCUC